CUACUUCCGGCGGCUGCGCCGCACCCCCUGGCGUCUCCAUCUUGGCUGUAGGUGUAGGACGGGCUAGAACAGGCGGAAGAGCGUUGCUGAAUUACAGCCGUCCCGAGGGCCAAGCCUACUCACUCCUCUCUCCGCCUCCCUUCCUUGCACGCAGGAGCCGCAGCUGCUCAUGGCGGGCCUGGAGGUACUGUUCGCAUCGGCAGCGGCGGCCAUCACCAGCACGCAGGACGCGCUCGUCUGCUUCUUGCACUGGGAAGUGGUGACACACGGCUACUACAGCUUGGGUGCCAGUGAUCAGCCGGGUCCCAAUGAUAAGAAAUCAGAACUGCUGCCAGCUGGGUGGAACAACAAUAAAGACCUCUACGUCCUCCGGUAUGAGUCUAAGGAUGGGUCCAAAAAGCUCCUUGUGAAAGCCGUCACCGUGGAGAGCAGCAUGAUCAUCAACGUGCUGGAAUAUGGCACACAGCAAGUGGCAGACUUGACCCUGAACUUAAAUGAUUAUGUCGAUGCAGAACACUUGGGCGACUUCCACAGGACCUACAAGAACAGUGAGGAGCUUCGGUCUCGUAUUGUUUCUGGAAUCAUCACACCUAUCCAUGAGCAGUGGGAGAGGGCUAAUGUAAGCCAUCCCCGCCGAGAGUUCCCCCCUGCUACUGCCAGUGAGGUGGACCCACUCCGGAUUCCUCCACACCACCCACACAGCAGCCGGCAGCCUCCCUGGUGUGAUCCCCUGGGCCCGUUUGCUGUCGGUGGAGAAGACCUGGACCCCUUUGGGUGUCGGAGAGGUGGCAUGAUUGUGGAUCCCCUGAGGUCUGGCUUCCCAAGAGCACUUAUUGACCCAUCCUCAGGCCUCCCGAACCGGCUUCCUCCAGGCGCUGUGCCCCCAGGAGCUCGCUUUGACCCCUUUGGACCCAUUGGGACCAGCCCAUCUGGACCUAACCCAGACCAUCUCCCCCCACCGGGCUACGAUGACAUGUUCCUGUGAAGGCCUCAAGAAUGUAACAUCCCAGCCUUCCCUCCACUCUCCUGGAGCUGCCACCACUGGCCCUGUCAGCAACCAUGUUCUUGCAGGCUGGGGGCAAGGGACUCUGCCCAUGUGUUUGCAGGCUGGCUGGGAUUGCUUCCCCACCCCUUAUCAGAGCCAGGGCACCUGCUGCAGCUCUCCACCUGGCUGCAUAUAGGUCCCAAAGAGAAAUCAGUGUGUCUGUUUUACCACCAGCUCCUCCCCACUUCCCAAGGGAUACUCCGGCAACAUAUACCCUUGAGCUGAUGCAGUCCCAGUUGCAGCGCUAUGAGAACAGAAUGCAUUUUGGAUGUUAUUAUUAAGAACCAAAUGUCAAUACAAAAAUUCAUGUUGCCGUUCUCCCACUUUUCUUACUUUAUUGCACAUCCCCUUCCAGUUACAGACUUCAGUGUUUGAGUCUUUUUAGGGCUAAAUGACGCUUUUCCUGCCCAGGGCCCAUUCUUGCUUCUCAGGCAUCUUUCUUUCAUAAAUAUCUGUUGCUCCUGACAUCAUAAAGACGGGUCCCAGUCUGGCUGCGUGGAUGGAAAUGAAUGACUAGAAAUUCCAUAGGCCAUGAGGAUGACUUUCGCAAGGGCAGGCACAUUGUGGAAAGAUGGCAGCAUUCUGGAGAGGGCAGAACCCUCCAGUUGUUCCUGUCUGGGUCCAUCUGUGCCUGGGCAGCAGCAGCCUAUGAGCAGAGGAAUAAACCAAACAGACCUGAAUGCUAAUCUCAUUUUGCCACUAACUGAGUGACCCUAAGCAAGUCCCUUCUCCUCUCAGGGCCUUGUGCCCACCUAUGAAAUCAGAGGUGCCUUUCCUGCUCCAAAACAUUCUCAUGUCUCAUUCUCCAUACAACAACCCCCAGAAACUGAGGCAAAAGGAAAAGAUUGAAGGUUCAAGGUGUUAUGUGAUACUUACCCAUAGAGUCCGUAACUCUGUGUUUCUUGGCCCCCUUGGGUCCCAGACAAGAGCAAUGAAUAUGGGCUCCAUCCGAGUGUGGUGUUGAACUUUGAGAGGAGUAAGGAGCCCCAGCCUCUGGAAGCCUGUGCCCUUGUGUCCAAGCCCACCUGACCUUUGGUGUUCUCCGGAUCCUUUUCAGCCCGAGGCCUAACAGACGUGGGCAAUGAUGAGCCCUUGUGCUGGAGUGGAAAGAGCAACACAGAGCACCAGGCUGAGAGGCACAGGAUCAAAGGCGCUAGAGUCACUUCUGCUCCACAGCUAGCCUUUCAACCAUGUGCAGGUCCUUUCAUUUCUCCGAUCCUUGGAUGCCUUCCCCUAAAUUAGAGUGUAUUAUGUACCUGUAGGCAGCAGGCUACCAUAGCUUUUCUGAGGUGUCUGCUAGGCUAUUUUCUAUAGCCUAAGAUUGACUGACUGCUCAGCUGAGAAUGGGUAGGGUUACACUAAACUGACACUUAGGCCCAGGGACAGUCUCAGAUGGAUGCUGGGCCUACGUGGAGAGGCUAGCACGAGCAGCUCCCUAGUUAUUUCUGGUGGUCCCAUGCCAAGUGCUGAUUUAGUAAAAGACCCUGGAGACAAGGGAGCUGACUACCUUAAAGACUGUAAGACAUCUCUGUUCUGGAGAAAAACCCAGAGAUCAGGCAGAGGUGCAAUGCAGUCAUUCAUCAUAACCUUCCAUGUGGGCUGGCAAAUGGGUGAAAGGUUAGUUUUUGUUUUGGAAUUGGACCAUACCUUCAACUAAAAGGAUUUGGAACAAUUUGCUCAUAAAAACAUCCUUUAUUGUAAAAGAAAGCAUUUAAAGGAAUAUCAGACUAGAGACCAUCAGACAGAGUGGGGAAAGUGUAUAACUUUUAGGACCCUGAUUUGAGGAAAAGACAAAAUUUAAUAAAUUUGCCACUGAGAUUUUCUAGUAGCAAAGGUCGAAAAGAUAGUCAUAUACAUAAUUCUGUUUUCUGGAAACAGAAAAUUGAGUGAUUCAUCUGCAGAAUCGGCCAUUUUUUGUGUGGGUCUCCUUGCAUCAAGGACACUAAGGAACACGGAUGAUGUCUUAGAUGUUAUUUGGCGGAAAGUAAGUGGAGCUCUUAGGAACUUCCAAGUCAAGCUGUUGGUGUUUGUUUUGGUCUGGGCCAUUUUUCUCCUUUCAGACAUGAGUAAUGACUGAGCAGCAAGUGGAAAUAUUUCAGGUCUAUGUUUUGUAGAACCCAAAAGAUUGGAGCUUUAACAAUAAACAUCAGCAUUUAAUAA